CAGGUUGGUGGUGAUGGAAUAGUUUACGAAGUAAUAAAUGGAAUGUUCGAACGUCCCGAUUGGGCGACAAUAGCCGAAAGUCUUCCCAUAGCAGUAGUUCCUGGAGGAUCAGGAAAUGGUUUAGCAAGAAGCGUUGCUUAUUACACCGGUGAACCAUACGUAAACGCUCCAACGUUACCAUCGGCUCUCUCAAUAGUGCGUCAUCGUUGUGUACCCAUGGAUUUAGUCCGUGUUGAAAACUCAUCCCAAAUUUAUUUUUCUUUCCUAUCGGUGGGAUGGGGUCUUUUAUCCGACGUGGAUAUCGAAAGCGAACGCCUUCGUAUACUCGGCGGUCAUCGAUUUACAGUUUGGAGCGUUGCACGUCUAAUUGGAUUAAGAUGUUACACUGGAAAAGUUUAUUAUCUCCCGGGAAAUGUUCAACUAGGGCAGAAUGAUACGAAUGGGAAUCCCGUUGGGAGUGGAACGGGAAGCGUAACGGAUUUAAGCGAAUCUGGACCUAGGCCCCGCAUAGAUUCUUGGUAUAGCGCGGCGUCAAAACGAAGUGCUUAUUUUUCGGCAACAGCAAGUAGUUAUCAAUCGGCGAAUGAUAGCGGAGGUGAUAGCUCGGUACAAACGAAAUUUCAAAUGUAUGGCCCACCGUCUCAGUUACCAUGUUUAACUUCACCGUUACCGACAAGCAGUUGGGUUUGUCUCGAAGGUAAAUUUGUGAUGGUCCACGCUUCCUAUCAGAGUCAUUUAGGCGAAGACUGUUUAUUCGCCCCCGAAUCAAAAUUAAACGAUGGGGUGAUUUGGUUAUUAAUUAUUCGAGGAAACGUAACUCGGACGCAAAUGUUACAAUUUUUAUUAGGUUUAAGUACGGGAGCGCACGCUCAAACUAGCAUAGAAGGAAUAGAUUUUAUUCCCGUUAAAGCAUUUAGAAUAGAACCUGAUAUGAACGAAAGAGGUUAUAUGACGGUUGAUGGGGAACAUGUUGAAUACGGGCCGAUUCAAGCCGAAGUUUGUCCGGCGCUAUCCAGGAUAAUGAUUCCUUGAUAUCCGCACACUUCUCGUACGAGAAGAUCCGAUACUAGAACGGCCAUUUUAUCUACCAUGGACCCCAUACUUAUUCAUAUGGACAGUAUUUAAUUUUUUAUACGGGAUUAAAUAAUUUUUAAUUUUAAUGUAGGUCUUCCGAAUUACAUAAAUAAAGCAAUUUAUUGAUGAAAUAAAGGAAUAAUUUUAAUUUUUAACCGACCAAAUUAUUACUUUAAUUCAUCAAUUCAAAAAUAUAAGUAAUAAUUUUUAAACUUCACUAAAUCGAUAUCAAAAGGAGUACUAGCAAGUCAAUCAAAACUAAAAACGUUGAUAAAUAAAUAUAAAUCACUUUAAAUUAAAAAUAUUAUAGUAAAUCUUCGUACAAAAUCAUUAUGAAAACGUAUUAUUAUUAGCCCUUGGUUCUGUAGUACAAAAAUAAAUAGAUUUAGGGCCGGUUGUACAAUAUAGCGAUAAACUUCCCGACAGCGUUAUCUGGCAGAUAAGUUAGUUUAUACUGUAUUACAAUGUACGGAUGUUUUUGUUAGUGAGAUUAUCGGCAGGAUAACUUAUCGGGAACUCAACGGUGCUGAUAAGACACUUAUCCGGCAGAUAUUUAUGGUUACCAAGGUUUUUAUAUAAAAACUUUGUAUGAUUUACUGCAUAGGUUAACCUCUAACAUUAAACGUUAACCUUAUAUGUACGAUGUGUCAGUGAAAAUGUUUUUAAACAAUUUAUAUUGUCAAAAUCGUAAUUCAAACUUCAAAGAAAGACGUUGGCGUUACCAUUCUACGGCAUAAAUCACUAGAUAUGGGGAAAAACUACUACCAACCGACUCUUAUUUCGCCGAUAACAAUCCUACCGACAAAAACAGUUUAUACAACAGCAAAUAUCUUUAUCCUCCUGAUAAGUUUAUCGGGCGGAUAGAUAUCAGGUAGAUUUAUCGGUAUAUUGUACAACCGGCCCUUAGUGAGUUAACUAUCGUUGAAAAUUGAUUGAAGCUUCAUAAUGAGGGUGAUUGAAACUUGUUGCUCCAAACAUUAACAAUACUUUGGUUAUCAUUCUUGAUAGGAACUACACAUUUAAUAAUUUUCUGAAUAUUUCCUGACUACUUGGUGUUGGGUUGGGUCCAAUCUUUACUUAAGUUUAUGAGAAUCCACUUUAACUCCCAUUGUAUUCAAGUCAAAUUAACACCUGCUAACAUUUCUAUUCUUAGAUCGUCAUCAUAAAAGAUUCCAUGAAGGUGACUCCAAUAUAAAUUCCUGAGGAACUUCUUUUGCUACUUUUAGACAAGUAAGAUCGUCUGCACUAAUAAAUGAUUUGAGUCACAGAAUGCUUCUCUUCCUAUCUUUUCUCCAAUAUACUGCUACCACCUUUCAGAAUUACAGGAGAAUUUUCAGAAGAACAUUACUAGAAAACUGACAAGUAGAAUUGUAGAUACACAAUCAAUAGAAGAAUAGUGGAACAAUAUUACAUUGUAAGCAAAUAUCCAUACAAAUUAGACAAUUUAUUUCUACAUAUUCUUCAUUCUUCUUCUCUUUGUUAGUUUUGAGAAUUAUACUGAGUGUAUAUUAAUUUUCUGGUACGUCUAUGUUCAUGACGCUGAAAACUUCCUCAUCCUCUCGUCACUUCUAUAACACCCAUCCAUUGUACGCAAUGCCUACGCAGCAUACUUAAUUAAUAUGUUCUUGGUGCUAAUUAGCAUAAAAUAUCAUUGUUAGACCUAGAACUAGAAACAGUCGGGUUUAGCCGUGCGGCUGAAGACUCUAGUGUCAGUUCUAGUUUUAAUUGUUAUACAGCACUACUAGAAUUAUUCAGUUUUAGCCGUUUUAAGAGGCUAAACCCAAAUGUUUCUAGGUCUAAUGUUAGUUCUAGUGACAAUGCAAGAG